CAUUGGAGCUUGAUACAAGCAGCCAUCAACAAGUUCCAUGGAUGUGUCAACCAGAUCAACCACCGAAAUCCAAGUGGAACGACUGUCAGCAAUUGGAUCUCCAUGGCUCUCAGCUUAUAUGCGAAGCUUAAUAAUAAUAAGCCUUUUGCAUACUUAUCUUGCUACGAUCUCCUGUCAAAGGCCCCCAAAUGGCAUGAAUAUAAUACUUCCAUGGAUAAGAAAAACGAAUCGAAAAACAAGAAGAAAAAAAAAACGGUCAAUGAGGUAUCCAGCUCGUUGGCAGGCUCGGUACCUAGCUCUUUACCUAGCUCAACUUCGACUCCUACCCCUAGCGCGGAUGUAACCUCCGAUCUCUCGGGUGAUGAGACUGUAAGCGGCCCGCCAGCUCGUCCUAUUGGUCGAAAGCAGGCCAAAGUAGCCUAUCAAGAACAACAACUUCAGGCUUCAAAUCACGAGAACCUCAAAAAAAUGGCAACAGCCCACACCGAUAUAGCUGCAGCUGUGAAGAAUCAACAACUGAUGCUGUCGACUCAGCAGGAUGCCCUUCAACGAAUUGCUGAUGAAGCAAUUAUGAAUAAAGAUUUGACAGGGGCUGAUGAAGAUGUGAAGAAGUAUUACAUGAUCCAAAGGAAGAAGAUACUUGCUCGGCUUGAAGAAUCAAACAAGUAGUUCUUUAUUUGACCCCCUAUCACGGCUUGAUUGUUUUUUAACCUGAGAUUUGAUUGUUGCAAUGCAAGAAAAACUGUGUUUCAUUUUUCCAUCUCACAUCGAUCACGUCUUUAAUCCAUCUCGAGUGAUCACUCACUCACAAUCUGUCCCACCG